AUGUACCUGGCAUCAAUUAAGAAGAAGAAGAACUCAAGAAGAAAGCAUCGCAAUUCCCAUUUGGGUUGUGGCACUUGCAAAAAGAGAAGAAUAAAAUGUGACGAAGGACUCCCACUGUGUUCCAACUGUAAAAGAGGUAAGCUUCAAUGUGCUUAUUUGAAAUUAGAUGAGUCUCAAAGAAGUGCUCUUCUAAUAGCUCAAAGAAAUCAUUCAGAACAAUUGGAGAAACAAAAACAAAUGGAAUUAGAGUCUUCUUCAUCAACAAAGGAAUUAUCAGAUACAAGUUCUCCUCCAGUUGAAACUUCAUCUGCAUCUUCUUCAUCGUUACCACAACCGAAGUUCAAACUCGAAGAUGGAGGUACUGCUUUAGGUAAUCGCUUCCCUCCAUUCCCCAAGCAUUCUGCAUCAUCACAUGUCGUCCCUAAACCUCCUCCUUCAGUGAUUCCUUCACAAUUUGGAACCUCUAGUGCAGUUGGUGGUCCACCACCGCCUUCCCUUUUACCAGUUGUGCCAAUGCCGUUACAGGUCUCGGUCCCUUCAAGCGAUAAUUCCCGAAGACCCUCGUUCCAAUCACCUUCUUCAUUUAUAAAAAAGGAACCCGGUAAUGGAAGUGUUAGUAUAUUACCUUCAAAACAAGCAUUAUUCAACCCUGCAAUCGGAACUCUGUCCACUUCAGUUUCUACGUUAAUGCGUUCAUCCCACCCUCCUAACGUUCCGUUAGUUUUCUCUGAAGGUAAAGAUAACUCCAGUAGUCCAACAAGUAUUCCACAAUUAUAUCCUUAUGAGCCGAAAUUUUACGGUUAUAUUCCUAUCGGGAUUUAUCAACAGAAUGGUGAAACCAGGGUGUCUCUUCCUCAAUCAGUACAGUUGUCUCCCCAACAUCAUAUUCCGUUAUUACCAAGUGGAUCUAGCUCUAGUGCUGCUACUACUACUGAUACUAGUGCUACUACUGCUACUGCUGCUGCUACUACUGCUGCUACUACUGCUACUACUGCUGCUACUACUGCUACUACUGCUACUACUGCUGCUGCUACUACUACUAAUACCGGCCAGGUUGAAAUUCCAAGUGUUUCCUCUACAAAUACAAGUACAGCUACUCCUACAGUUCCAUCCUCUGUUAUUAAUAGUCCUAGACAACAAAUUCCUUCAACACAGUAUCUGCUGUUACCAAAUUUGGCAUUGCCUAGAUACACGAAUGGUUACCCUAGUACUCCUACUACUGGUCACACAGCAUGUGGUCCUGCAAGUCUUCCAUCUAUGACCCAACAAUUAGGGUCAGGGAUCUACGGGGUUCCAGAUAAUUUUGGAAUACCAUCAGGUACUCCAGUUAACCAAAGUCUUCUUCCACGGUUGAUUACUUCAAAGGAUCCAAAGUCAGCCCCUUCACCAUUUUCUCUUGCUCAGCCUUCAAUGAUUGUAGCUUAUGCUCCAACACCCAUUUACUUUCCUCAGCCACGGUCAAUACCUACAGGUUCAACUUCCGGUACUCCUAGACCUCCCAUGACUUACACAUCUCCCUUUGUAUCGGAAGAUCCAUUUGAGAAUACGGUGUUGCCUCCUUUACAGAAAAAGUACGAGCAUGCUUCGUAUCCAUCGUAUCAAUUGCCUCCUGUAAGGUCAAAAGAUGAAGUGGCUCUGGUUAUUCAAACUUCAAAGUGA